UGUUGUUUUCUUGUUCUAAAUAUUAUUAAGAAAUUCUCAAACCAUGAAGAAACCCGUUUUACGAGAACUAAAAGAAAACAAAUGAAGUUUACUGAUACUGAAAAAUGUUGAAUUAAAUCGAAUGCCAAGAUUGAAAUGGACUCGAGUGGAAUGAAAGUUCAAACUGAUCUACAAGCGAUGGCAUCACGAAAGGACUGGACAUGGUCAACAGCGUUGUUGGGUUUCUUCAUCGCAUUCUCAACUUCCUUCCAGUACGGUUACAACCUCAGCGUUCUCAACCAACCAAUGGCUCUGGUCAAACAGUUUUUGAAUGACUCCUUGUCAGCUCAGUCAUCAACAUCAGCAUCAAACUUCACGCUAUUAACAAUAUCUUCAACAACCUCACUGCCAGAAGCUUCGACACCAACAUCGCCACCACCAUCGUCGUCAACCUCACUGCCUGCACAGAAUUCAAUUAGUGAGAACACUCUGACGAUCCUCUGGUCGCUAUGCACAGCUGUGUUUGUCUGUGGAGGCAUGAUAGGCUCCUUCGUUGUUAGCUGGCUGGCUGAUAGGCUGGGCAGAAAAGUAUGUGUUAUGCUGAUCGCUGGACCAUCCGUCUUCGGAGGAGUGCUCAGUUUUGCGUGCGUGUACGCUGCCUCGCCUGCUUUGCUGCUCGUUGGAAGGUUCAUUACUGGAUUGAGUUGUGGAGCUGCCACACAACUUGGCCCGAUGUACAUGCUAGAAAUCGUUCCUAUCAAUUUGAAAGGUGCCAUGGGCGUCACGUACCAACUUUUCGUUUCAAUAGGCCUGGCAAUGAGCAGCAUCCUAGGGUUGAGUAGUUUGCUUGGAGCCAAAGGAAGAUGGUCAGUGUUGAUGCUCAUGAAUGUCGUACCCAGUGUGGUUAGUUUGAUCUCAUUCCCUUUCUUGCCUGAGAGUCCGAGGUUUCUUCUGAUGGCGAAGGAAGACAAAACACGUGCGAAACAAGCCUUACAAUGGCUACGUCGAAACGACGAUGUUGUUAAGGAGAUGGAGGAGAUGGAGGAGGAAUCAAGAAGCCAGGGUAGGAAUGAAUCGUUCACGUUGGUGAAGAUGUUCAAGACACGUGAGCUCCUCAUCCCGUUGGUGAUCUGCACAGUUCUCCAGCUGAUGCAGCAGUUUUCCGGCAUCAACGCCAUAUUUUUCUACUCCACCGGCAUAUAUUUGAACGCUGGAGUGGCUGUCGAUGUCGUUCAAUAUGCCAAUUUGGGAACGUGCUUUGUUAGCGUUGCCAUGAACUUCACCGUGAUUCCUUUAAUGGACCGACUGGGAAGGAGGAUGUUGUUGCUGGGCCCUAUAUCUGGAAUGGUCUUGACGCUGGUCGUCAUCACGAUUGCUCUUAACUUGCAGCCUAGAUAUCAUUGGUUGAGUUACUUGAGCAUUGUUUGCGUAAUAAGCUACGUCGUCUUAUUCUCUUGUGGCCUGGGUCCAAUCCCCAACAUGAUCACUGCUGAAGUCUUCACGCAGGGUCCUAGGGCUAAGGCCAUGAGUCUGACGGGGUUGAUUAACUGGCUGUCGAAUGCCGUGGUAGCCAUGUGCUUUGAAAUCGUGCAGGCAGCCACUAAAGAAUUCGUUUUCCUAAUCUUCAUGACCAUCAUGGUUGCUUCACUAAUCUUCACCUACUUCAAUGUUCCUGAAACGAAGAACAAAACUUUCGAUGAAAUUGCUAACCAGUUCAAAAAACAUACUGAAGAAAAUAGCAAUAACGAGCAUGAGACGGUCAUUGUUUAACUGUUUUACGUGAACUAAAAUUUCGGAGCAUCCGAACUGUCUUUUUUUGCUGGGUGUUAAAGUAACUUGAUUUUAGGCAACUUGAGAACUGGGUGACCGAAAUGAAAAUGUUCAAAAAUGUUAUUUGUUUAAUUUGGGGCAUUGAAAAAAUUCAUAAAAUCUGAAUAACAUUCUAACCUAGUAAUAAGCAUGAAAUUUGAAUAUUCACAUGCCGUUGUUAUUUAGUAAUGCUAAUUUAUAAAAUUUUUAUAACCUUGAAAUUAUUUUUCAAGUUGUUUGAAUAAAAUUUGUAUCAUCCGAUGAAUGCAUUUGUAAUGUACGCAUUGUCAUAUAUAGCAUUUUCUGAAUCCAAUUACAAAAAUUAACCCAUCGGGGUUUGUAGUUUUUAAUUUUACAUUUGAAAAAAUUGAUUUUUCAUUUUGAUU